AUGAAGAAUAACAUCAAGCUCUUUCAUUUAGAGAAAAUCUGGGUGGGAUGUGCAAACUUAUGGCAACCAACCAGACCCUCCGGAGGCGCACGCACCUGGGCAGCAGCCAGAGCGCGAGAGGCGUGCCCGCGCGCCUAUAAGUGCGCGCUCCUCCUCCGGGCCCGGGCCACUUGUCUCCGGUCCUCAUCCCCCCGGUUGCUCCGUCCAGCCAUGCACCUCAGCGCGCACGAGUCGUGCCACUCUCUGCUCCUGCUCUGCAUCCUCCUGAGGAGUUGCCAGGCCCUGAAAAACGACGCCACGGAGAUGCUGACGUUCCCGCGCGGGGGCGCGCCGCCGCCGCCGCCGGGGCCGGACGCGCACAGCAACGCGUCCCCGAACCGCGCGCGCAACGGAGGCAGAGGAGCGGUCAGCGGGGCCGGAGGGGCGCCGGACAGAGGCGAGCGGAGCCAAAUCGGCUGCAGGGAGCUGAGGUCCACCAAGUACAUCUCGGACGGCCACUGCACCAGCAUCAACCCCAUCAAGGAGCUGGUGUGCGCGGGCGAGUGCCUGCCGGCCCAGAUGCUGGACAACUGGAUCGGCGGCGGGGCCCACGGCCGGAAGUUCUGGGCCCGCCGGAGCGGCGGCGGCGGGCAGGACUGGCGCUGCGUCAACGACAAGACGCGCACGCAGCGCAUCCGGCUGCAGUGCCAGGACGGCAGCGCCCGCACCUACAAGAUCACCGCCGUCACCUCCUGCAAGUGCAAGCGCUACUCCCGGCAGCACAACGAGUCGGGACACAAGCCAGCCGAGCCCGUCCUGCUGCUGCACAAGCACCAGGCCAAGGCCAAGAGGAGGCCGGGCAAGGCCCAGCUGGGCCAGAACCAGCACGAGCCGGCGGCCUGAGAUAUACCCAGACAGACCGGCUCUAAACCCCUCAGGAGUUUGUUUUAUUAUCCCAAACCUCCAGAGGCCGGCCAGUGUGGAUUAUCUCUCUCUGAUUGGGACUUGAUUUAUGCAAAGUGACGAUGGAGAAAUCACUGUGAUGGAGACGCCAAAUGGAACAUUAACUCAUUGGCUGCCAAAGA